AUGAACGCCCCAAUUUCAUAUGAGAGUGAUGCGACGCGUUGUUGCCCUUGCAAAUGGACCGGUUGCCAUGACGCUUUUGAAACGGUCGAGAUUCUCUAUGAGCACCUGUGCAAUGAACACAUUGGUCGUAAAGCAACUCACAACUUGUGCCUUGAAUGCCGAUGGGACGAGUGUGGUGCCCAAGCAGCCAAACGCGAUCAUCUCGCCAGCCAUUUACUUGUCCACCUUCCACUGAAACCCCAUCAAUGCUCGACUUGCAAGAAAGCUUUCAAGCGACCUCAGGAUUUGAAAAAGCAUGAAAAGAUCCAUACUAUUGAACAUAAAGCGUCACUUAUCAGCAAACAACCUGGAUACAAAGCCGUACGACGUAGAAAACAUCAAUCGCAAACUUCAAAGUCCAAUACCGAUUGGCACACGCAAGCAACCAGCCCAAGCUCGAACAAGACCGAUACCGAUUUCUCGGGUAGCGGCAGCCAUGUUCCUUCCAACUCGGGCAAUUCGUCAUUAUUCAUCCGCAGACAGAGCCCAAUCUCCAUGAACCCUGUACAAGAUCUCUUCCAGCAGGUGGUGGAUAAUAAUACUUUAUCACCAGAGUACAAUGACGAGAUGAUGGAUCGACUAGAUUAUAUUUCUGCAGCUGUGCAACAUCAAUCAAAUGAAUGGAUCCCACCCGUGGACAAUCCAAAUGACCUUGAUACAUUGCAAUCAUGGCUAGAACAAUUAUCCGCCAACAUUCAAACAGACACAUGCUUGUAUCCUGAUUUAGCAACAACAGCAACAGCAACAGCAACAACGACACAACCACCAUCCACAUCAUCAGCAUCCGAUAACGACCUGUAUUUGUAUUCAAAUGAAUUUCUUGACAACAUUUCCAAUACACCUUCACCACCUGAUUGGAAGACGCUUAUGAUGACAAGCACUGAGAAUCCCCUGGCAGCAUCUGUGUUAUUGAAUCAUUCUCAAAACAGCCAUACGCCACCUUCCAUUUCUUCACAUCAUCCAUCUCCUCCAUCAUCUACAUCACCAUCAUCACCACCCGAAGACCCAUCAUCAUCUACAGCAACAGCCGCAACAACUAUUGGCGCCUCUUUUUGGACACCUGCAUCUGAUCUACCACCAGUAGAAGAAAAGAACGAGGCUAUCGAUGGCCCAACGCCUUCUGAUUCAGUCGACUUUUCUCCACCCGUCAUGGUUUACAGUGAGAAACAGCCUAUCCAUUUAUUCGAAUCGAGCAGUGAAAAGACACAAAUGGCUGCUGCUGCAAAGGCGAAGCAGCGUCAGAAUCCCAUGUCUCAUGAAGAUAAACGUAACGUCAUUCGCAUGCUGAAUGUACUCAGUGCCCCUGAUGAUGAUGCCAAUAACCAGCAGACAUUAUCAUCUUCGACAACCACAAUCACCACCCAUAGUAACCAUAGCAGCACAAAAUCACCCAUCAAAAAGGAUGAAAAGAAGGAUGCCCCUCAAAGCGCAAGUCCAAUGGUCAAUUCACCAUGUACAACCCACGCUGGUGGAGUCUUCAAAGUAUUGGACGAUGACAAGGAUACAAAAGAGGAUUCACCUUAUGCUGGUCUUUUGGAAAAGCUACGCGAUCUCUCGUUUGAUGAUUCAGAUGAUGCCAGUGAUGAUAUGCAACAGCAGCGCCAUGCUGAGACUGUCAAUUAUUUAUGGGAUGCGGUGAUGCGUGCCAAAAAGACAAUGAGCAAGCCUUCAAGGAGCAACAGCAACGAGACACGUCGUCAUGGAGAUACCCCUCAGCAGCAUACACCAACAACAACUACAACUACUACUCGUACCCCUCUCAUUUCUGUUUGA